AUGGAGACCGAGCAAGACGCCCAACGCGCCUGGGAAGAUCUCCUACACAGGCUCAAAGAUCUGAUCUUGGUCUCUUUCGAUCGGCGUGUGAGCCAGUACGAAGAUGACAUCAAGGAAAAGGAAUCACAAAGAGCUUUGCCAGGUUGGAAUUUCUGCACGUUUUUCAUUCUCAAAGAAGGCUUGGCCCGCGGCUUUGAGAGUGUCGGGCUCGUUGAUGAUGCCUUGGUCGGCUACGAUGAGCUGAGUGUUGGCCUGGAGUCCUUUGUGGCGGAACAGAACGCUGGGGGCAACCUGGGCCGACAGGGUGGUGGUUUGCUUCAAUACACCGAAUCUCUUAAGCAAACGAUAGAUGCAUUCGCCUUGGACUCGUCCAGUAGAGAUGACGAGACCGUCGACCUACAAUCAGAUGCUCUGCACAAAGAAUCGGCCGAUGAGAUCCCCAUUAAUGCUGCCAGGAGACCUUACCGAGACAUGAUUCUAGCCAACGAUGUGUCGGCUUUCGAUUUCAGAUGCUACUUGUUUUCGAGACAAAUCACCCUGCUGCUUCGGCUCGCGAAUGCUCAAUCAACACGAGAGGAGUUGUUGGCACAGCUCAAGGAGCAGCAGGACUCGAUACUGUACGGUGUAGCGCCUCGAGUACCGACACAGCAGAAGAAACCCGAGGAGAAGGAGAAUCUAGCGAAACUGGCAGAAAUCUGCCAUAGAGCACUUGAAUUCAUACCUCAGAUAUCUCAUGUCAUGAGACAGGAGCUGCUUACUGCAUACGCAGAGGAACAACAAAAAGAGAGGACCGCUACUUCAUUGCGCGACGAUGUCAUUAACAACAUCGUCUCGUCCUUCGGCUUCUCCGUGGCACAGCAAAUCCUCGCCCAGACGUCAACCAAAGCGUUGCCAAUACCAUCGUCAACAAUUUCAUUCGCGAGCGAUGACGAGCAAAAGGCAUCCAUACCUGAACCAAAGACGAUGAUGCAUCCAGCUCGGGAAUCUUCGCUUCACAUAAAAACCCCACAGCAAGAGCAUCAACCACCACCAAGCCCUGGGGUGUUCCCUGGACCUGGCCAACACCCCAUUACGCACCAUGGCGAUUCCUACGAAGCCUACCUUGCGAAAAAUGGUCUGGAGGAAUUGGCCGCAAAACGGGGUGACCUAUACAUGUUUUCGCGCAGCAUCUUGACCAAUUUCGGCAAGCCACGGGGCUGGAGCGCUGGCUGGGAUGAAGCCCCCAUCAUGCACGAGCUCGGUAUGCUUGAGAUGGUAGAUAUCAACUUGAACGACGACGGUGGCGACACUACCGACAAGCAAGGGAAGUCGGCGAGAGACUCCAGAGAUUUGCCCUUGGCCGGGAUCAAUAGCAAGCUGCUGAGAACUGCCGCUGACAAUUCGACGGACUUCUACCGCCUGUACGAGAUACUGACGGACAAAGCUCUGCGACAUUUCACUGUCGCUGGUUUAGAGCAAAGUAUCCAAGGCGCCAUGUCCGACCUAGCCGUUUUGAAGUACCACUUGCAGGAGUACCGGGCAGCGACCUCAUUUUUCUGCCUCACAACCCCUUUCUUUGGGGAGAGCGGUUGGACUUGGCUUGAGCUAUCAAUGCUUGUCAUGUACACAAAAUGUUUGAAGCAUCUCAAGUCGAAGGAAUUUGUGAGGGUUGCUUUGAAGUUAUUGACGAAGGCAUGCGCUACCCAGAAAGACCACCAGAAACCCGGGACGCUCGCUGGAAGCGUGUGUGACGGAAGUGUACGUGCUGGGAUCUCCGCUGUCGUGAAUGACGCCGUGGGUAACAUCUCUGAACUUGCCCUGGCACUACCUGGCGACGCCAAAGUCCCCCUGGACAGCUUCGUCACCAAUGUAUGCCUUGAGUCGAUGCCGGUUUAUCACUGCGACAGGGACAGCGCGACGAUGAGCAUGCGAUUGCAGUCUCUGUUGCCCAAUGAAGUCACUUUUGAUUCCGUCACUCUGCAACUCGUAACGGACAACGUGGCCCACACAGAGGUCAUUUUUCGCGCCGCCGAGCAGACAUUAAUAGUGCCCGGACCGAAUGUGAUUACCCUUCAUUGCUCGUCGAUUAUUCCAGGGCUGUUCCGGGUUGGCAAAGUUUGUCUGCAAUCUUCACACCUUUCCCUUUCCUCCGAUUACGAUACUUCGAGCUCCAAGCCGUCAGCCCACCGGAUCAGAUCGGUGCUCUUGCAUAGACCAGCAUCCGCCCUACAUGUGGCCCUCAGUGCCAGCCGGCAUAUGACAUUGAACAAGACCAACCAUCUCGAGUUGACAGUCCACACCGGCAACAACAGCAUCAAGAGCUGCGAGGUGCGCAUACGUCCAGCGACGGGAGGUCUGCGUAUGUUGAUGAACGAAGCUGUCUGUGUCGGCCAGCCAGACUGCUUUGCGAAACCCCCGGAAGCUGGCGUAUUUCGUCUUGGCGCUCUUCCGCGUGACUCGCCCACGAUCAUCCAAUUUCCCUAUACUAUAGAGCAAGACGUCGCCGAGAUAGUUGCCAAACUGGACGUAUCUUACCACACCGACCAGGAUGGCCCAUUUGCCACUUCGGAAACAUCAAAGAUACCCAUAUCCCUCGCAGUGGGGGUCAAUGUGCAAGACAUCUUCAAGCACAGCUUCAUGUAUUCGCGCUUCAGUGUAUCAACAGGUAGCACGCAACCACUCCGCUUGUACGAUUCCGAGCUCCUCGACUCCGGCAUAUUCGAGGCCACUCGCUCUGGGCUCGCGUCUUCGACUUUGGACAUAUUCCCCGAUCACCCGACGACCCUAGUGUACAAAGUGCAAAGGAAAUCCAUCGGCGAGCACCGAGUGGCUCCAAACCCACCAGACGUUGCCUUUGCCCUCGUCUAA